AUGGUGAGCUUGCAAGCGGAGAGUAUCGUAAACACUGUGGCUUUCCCCAUGGUCUUCAAAGCCGCCUUGGAGCUUGGCGUCAUUGACACCAUCGCUGCUGCAGGCAAAGGCGCGUGCAUGGCUCUCACCAUCCGAGAUAACGCCGAACCGGUUUGCAAGUAUUUCUUGAAAGAUAGUGACGGUUCUGGUUCUCUUGCCUCUUUGUUCUUAUUGUUCCAUACCCAAGUCCAUUUCAAUACUUGGACGAAUCUCAAAGAUGUAAUACUAAAUGGAACGGAUGCAUUCAUCGCCGCACAAGGCAUGCGACUUUUCGAAUACAUUAGUUCGGACGAACAGUUCGGUGAGGUGUUUCACCGGGCAAUGUCAGAAUCUGCCACAAUGGUCAUGAAGAAGGUUCUAGAAGUUUACAAAGGAUUUGAAGAUGUUAACACUUUGGUGGAUGUAGGAGGAGCAACUGGAACCAUAUUAGGAGUCGAGCAUGUCUCCGGAGACAUGUUUAUAGAAGUUCCAAAGGGAGAUGCCGUCUUUAUGAAAUGGAUACUACAUGAUUGGACGGACGAACAUUGUGUAAAGAUACUAAAGAAUUGCUGGAAAAGUUUACCGGAAAAAGGAAAAGUGAUUAUCGUAGAGAUGAUUACACCAGUAGAAUCAAAGAGUGGCGAAUUUUUCUCUAACACCGUGUUUGCCAUGGACUUGUUGAUGCUAACACAAUGCUCGAGUGGUAAAGAGAGAUCUCUUUUGCAGUUUGAGAAUUUAGCAUUUGAUUCAGGGUUUCUCCGAUGUGAAAUCAUCUGUCAUGCAUAUUCCUAUUCUGUUAUCGAAUUUCAUAAAUAGAUUGGAAGUUACGAAGAUAAAACAAUGAUUGGUUUGGUGCAAGGGGAAACUACGACCUAAAAUGCUGGUACUAUGUAUUUCAUAAAUAAAGCACGAGGGGAAUAUAGUUUCAUGGUAUUGGUUUGUUAUAUUUUUCAUUUCAAGAGUAGUGUGGGGAUUGCAGUAUCAACGAAGUGUAAUAUUUGUGAUAAGGAUUUAGUUUCAACUAUGCUUAACUGUCAUAAUUAAAUGUGAAAAUGCGUUCUGUCUUAUGCUAAAACUCCUU